UCCAGUCCCUUUCCACUCCAUUUCACUCUUUCAAGGAUACUUUUGCCACCUGCCACCUGACCAUGGCCACCUCACCUGUUGCCUAUAAAUUGAUUGUGAAGCCUUUGGCUCAUGCUUUGCACUCUCUACCGGCACGCCGAUGCAUCCUGUGUGCGUGAAUUUAUGAGUUAACCACACAGACAAUGCAAUGAACCAAAAUCAACUUGAAUGAUACAAUAAAAUACCACUGGUGUUGCAUCAACCCUGCCUUCUCCCUGCUUUCAUUAAUCAGUCCAUACCACCUGACGUCUUCUGACCGAGACUGUUUGCUCACCAAACCCUCACUCCACCUGAACUAUUCCCAUCACCCUACCGUUCCUUCAGAGUUUGUGUAAAUGUAAAGGUUUCAGGAAAUGAUGUAGAGGACAGGGAUUGAUCAUCUGUUCACGGCUCUACUGGCCUGGACCGCAGCGAGAGUCUUCUGUCUCAGUCAGAUGGAAGAAGAGCUCCUGGAAGAACUGGACAAAGAAAAGUGUCUUUCCCAGCUGUUCAGCAGGAAAGUCACACUGGAGGGCCUUCAGAUGUUUGUCUCGGUUGUCCACCCAAAAGCAGGCAAACUGCUGACUAACUCAGCAUUUCCGUCUCUCUCAGAUUGAAAGAGUUUCUAAAACUCUUCUGCUCUGUGUCUGCACCAAAGAAGCCCAAUCCAUGGUCGAAACCAUCUAUAACAGGUUUGACAAGUGCUCCAAGUCCUUCAAGCUAAUGGACUUUGAUGAAAGCUGUUACAAUUCUACAGAGGGCGUCUCUGCCAUCCAGGAUAUGGACCAUGAAGUGCAGACUGAUGCAUCCAGCCAGGCUCACUUUCAGCUGGAGGAGGGACUUGUGGAGGAGAGGGAGGCUUCUCCAUGGGUUGCUCUGGAUAAAGAGGUAGACUUUAUGCCAAAAGAUGUAAUGAAGGACACAUACAGAAAAGAGGCAACCCUGGUUCAGGGCUCUGUCGUCCAGAAUAUGGACAGUGAAGUGCAGUUUGGUGCAUCCUGCCAGGCUCACCUUCAACUGGAAGAGGGACUUCUGGAGGAAAGGGAGGCUUCUCUUGAGAUCACUUCCUCGGAGGAGCUGGACAUGGGAAUCAUGGAAGAGAGUAAAACCUCUGCACAAGUCUUUCUGGAUGAAGAGGUUGACACUUUGCCAAAAGAUGUGACUGAGGACACAUACAGAAAAGAGGAAACCCUGGUUCAAGACUCGGCUGUCCAGGAUAUGGACCAUGAAGUGUAUUUUGGUGCAUCCAGCCAGACUCACUUUCAGCUGGAAGAGGGACUUCUGGAGAAGAGGGAAGCUACUCUUAAGCUCUUUUCCUCAGAGGAGCUGGAAGAGGCACUCGUUGAGGAGAGGGAGGCUUCGCCACGAGGCUCUCUUGAGCAGAUGGUAACCAUGGUAAGCCUAGCUGAUGGGGACACAUCUUCGGUCACACUGGAGACCAAUGUGGCUGUGCACUUGGAAGAUGAGCUGGAAGUAGCCUACUGCAGCAGGAGGAAGUGGAGGAAUAUGAGACACAGGACUUCCUGGUUCAGGACUGUGAUGAUAAGAAGGGAGUGCGUGCCUUUUUCUGUGGUUUCCAGAAGAUGAUGACAUGUUGCUUUCGUGUUUCUACUAAGCAAUAAAUCACAGCACUCCCUCUGCAAUAAUAUUGUUAAAUACAUUCAAUAAAAACUAUUCAUUUUAA